CAAAAGCAGCUUCUUUUCCGCCCUGGAACAGCAGCUGCCGAGGAGGCACGCCACGGGCGAUGGCUGUGGCUUUUGCCAAAGGAGCCGGGCGCCCGCCUCGCUUUUCCGGGGAUGCCCGCUUCUGCGGCCAGCCCCGCAUCUUCAGCCGGCGCGCAGGGGCGGGCGACCUCCCGCACGACGCCCGUCCAGCCCUUCCUUAGCUCUGCAGCCGCCGUCGCACCGGCGGGGGCACCUGCUGCUGGCGCUUGUCACGCGGGCGGAGGGGGGGGGAAAGGCUUGUCCUGCUAUAAAGUGCUCCCGAUAAAAGCCCGCCCAGGCAUCCCCUCGGAAGAAGCAGCAACGGUAGUGGUUGUUGCCGCUGUAGCUGGCCGAGGGGAGGAGGAGGCCCGGCCAGCGCGAAGGGAGCCGGCAAGAUGUUUUACUCGGGGCUGCUGACCGAUAGGAAGGACAUGGACGUGAGGGAAGCCGCAGCCCUCCGACAGCAGAGGAGGAUGAAGCAGGCCGUCCAGUUCAACCACAAGGACUCCGCCGACUUGCUGCCCUUGGACGGACUGAAAAAACUGGGAACUUCAAAAGAUACGCAACCACACAACAUUUUGCAGAGACGUCUCAUGGAAACAAAUAUGUCAAGAUUGCGGCACAGUCGAGGGACAUGCUCUCAGAAAAAUGAUCUCUCAGCUCAGACAAAUAAACUGAAUCAAAUUAAACUGGAUAGUCCCCCCAAAACAGAGGAAGAGGAUCUCAUUCUCAUAUGCUGCCAGUGUAAUGGGAAGGAAUUGCAAGUUGUGGUUAAUACUGGAUGCCAACGCAAUAUAAUUUCAUCUGCGUGUCUGGAGAGAUUAGGGUUAAAAGAGCAUAUGAAAACCUGCAAAGCAGAAGGUGAGAAGAUUUCAUUGCCACAUAAUAUGAAAGCGAUUGGACAUCUGGAACAUCUGCCUCUUAUAAUGGGGACUGUCCAUGUAGAUUGUUCUGCAGUUGUUGUGGCUGAAGAUAAUGAGAAAAGCUUCUCCCUGGGAUUACAAACACUGAAAUAUUUGAAGUGUGUGAUAAACUUGGAGAAACAAAAUCUGAUCCUGGGGAAGACAGACAAGGAAGAAAUUCCUUUUGUCAGUAAUGCUUCUAUUCAUGAAGAGAACUGGAAAAAAAAUUAUGAGGUGCCUUACUUGCUAAACAGUUAUUUCCUAGGGCACAUCCUCAUGGCAGCCACCUGCGCUCCUGGUUCAGUGCUGUAGCACACAACUGGAAGCCUGGGAAGUGUCCCUGGAAAAGGCAGCUCUGCUGAUGCAUGAAGAGAAUAUAAUCCUGGCUUUGGAGAAAUACUGUGUGGUUGAAUAAGAAGAUGUCAAUACCAAUAAUUUCAACCUGCUAGACUACAGCUAGACUGUAGCUAAAUGAAACAACAUCUAUUUUUCAGGCAUUCAGGACAGCUUCAGACUUUUAUUUAUCAUGUUGAAAAUCUGGAUUAUGAUGUGUAAAUGGACAUCUAAGUCCAAUCUUAAAAAUGGUGUUCUCGGUCUGGCCAUCAAGUAUGAAAAAUUUUUUUUUCCAUAUUCUAUUGAAAUCUAAUAUUUGUUACAAUUGGAUUUGAGAAAUAAACCUCCUCUUGCAAAAUUGAGGUUGGGGAAAAGACGAUUUUAUAACUUUCUUUUUGGAACCAGUUGUGUUUCGCUGCUAUGAAUAGCUUCUGUUAAUCAGCUUUUUCAGUGGAUAAAAAUGAAUUGUUUGACAUUAUCGAAGAGCUUUCAUCUGAGUAAUUCACACAAGUUGUGGAGGAUUUUUUUUUAUUCAAAGGAAUUGCAUAAUGGUUUGAUUGUAAUAAUAUAACUUGAUCUAAGGUUCUUAUUCAGUAGCAUUUUACUUACAGAAAUUGUUCUUUGGGUGGAAAUGGAAGGAGGUACCAUUUUCACCAAUUUGCCCUCUCUCUUCCAAAUUCCAAAGGAUUGGUAGGCUUUCAAGAGUAGUAUAUGAUUGCAAGGAGAGAGUAGAUCUUCAGGGAAGAAGGAAAAUCACCUCCCUAAUUUCUUCUAGUAGCAGAUUCACAGAUUUCUCCCCACAAAUGAAAAGAACCCUUCUAUUCUCAGAAGGGUUACUUUGAAUCAAAUCUUAUGUAUUUUUCAAAUGUAUGUAUUUCUCAGAAUUUACAGAAAUUCUAUAUGAAAUGUUCAUGUUAACAGAAAGAGGUUGGAAGCCAAAUUUUAUUUUUUAAAUCCCAAUACAGCCUUGAAGAGAAUUUCAAUAUCUGUUAGUUUCAAUGCUAAUAUUUAUGAUAUGAUUAUAAUCAUACAUUAAUUUUGCUGCAUAGCAAUAUGUCGUUAAAUUUGAGAACUUAAUUAGUCCCUUUUUUUUUGCUUGCCUACAAGCAUUCCAGAUUUAAAUAUGGAUGCAUCAUUUUAAUGGCAAGGUCAUCUGUAUCCAUCAUGAUUGUCUAUUUACUGCUAGUAAUAAACUGACCUACUCAUACUUGCCAAAGAAUCUAAAAGUAUGUUUUAAGACUGAUCCAGUCUUCUUGUUCAGAAUCUGAGCAUAGAUUAUAGCAAGAUAAAUAUAUGUGUGUGCAUUAAAUGUUACAGGAAAGAGUCUUUCUAGGACAACAUAUUCAUUGUCUUUGUUUUUAACCAUACUUUCUUUGGGCUUUUCACUAAUGGAUGACUACUAGAUUCUCAAUAAUAUCAACUAUUACCAAACAGUGUUAAGCAUUUAAUAAUAUUUCCUGUUCUCUUCAUAACUUUCUCUUUGUAAUUUAAAAUUUCCAAGAAGGCUGUAAUAUAUAUAUAUAUAUGGACAUUUCCAAAGUGACAUUUUCUUGUGUUUUGUUUUUGAAACAUCUAAUUAACUGUGAAUUAGUCUUAGAAUAAGCCUAUUGAGACUGUGCACACAGGAUGUUUACUUUCCAUUCAUUAUGAUGCCACUACAAAUGAGGUGGUCUGCAAAUUGGAGCAUGCUGCAGCAGUCAUAAAACUGUGGCAGCAUGCAUAUAAAAAUGCAUAAAGCUACUUAAUUACCUUCACACUAUUGUGACAAGAUGCAAGAUGAUCCUAAGAAUUAUUCCUUGCUUGCAUAGCAACUCAUGCAAACAAAUAUAUAUAUAUACUGGACAGCUGUUUUAAUAUACAUUCACUCUUUAAGAAUAUGGGGAGCUGUUCUGUAGAUAAUCUUCCAUAACUGUUACUCUUCAAUCAAGAUAUUUCUCUUGAGCUUCUGUCCUUAGCAGCUAAAGCCAUUAUAGCAAGCUUGAAUUGCUAUGAUUACUAGCCUUGAAUUCCAUGGGUCAUAUAGUUACCAUCACAGAUAUGCUUCUGAUUACAAUAUAUUAAGUGCUUUGCUGGAAAGGGGCUUCAGUAGAGUUGUGUGUGCGUCUCUACGUGUGUCUGUGGCAAUAUCAAUAUAAUGGAUGCAAAAACAGUUUAAAAUACAUUGCAUCCUUAUUAACUUGUCAAAUAAGAAUUUGUGUUGAAUAUGUAUUUACAUUGUUAAGAACUAUCAUUACACCAAUGAAAGCACUGGAAUCUAUUUCUAAUGAAUGUAGAGUCAACAUUUUUGGAGUUAGGUCAAUUUUUAUUAUUUGAUUUGUUCAGUCUAUAUUUGAAGAGACUAAGCUGCAGUAUAGUUAAAAUACAUGUACUUCUGGACCUCUUUAAGUCCAUGUUUUAACAAAUUAUAAUUUGGCUUUCUGCAGUUGGAUUAGCAACAUCCGUUUAGCAUUGACUAUGACAUUAUUGACAAAGUACAAGUGCUUGGAAAUAUUUUUUUUUAUGUCUGUCAUUACUCUGGUUAGUAUUUAUAACAUUUGUACAUAUUUAAAAAAAAGAAAAAUUCUGUGUUUGCAAGGUGAACUGCACUAUGUAUAUCUCUGGUUUAAAAGAAAUAUAUAUUUGUCUAAGUAA